AGUGCUCGCAGUGGUCAUAAUAUUGCCGACAAAAUAAAUUCGGAGAAUUUUUAACGCGUUAGAAUGCAGUUCUUCGGAAUUUUGAUUAUCAUUUUUUUGUUUGGCUUACAAGUUUUUGGUGAUCAGCUGUUGACGUACCGUGGAAAAGAUAUUUCAUUGAGCACCUGGUCAUUUCAGAUGGAACGUCGGUUAAAGUGCAUCAGUGAUAAUCCAUACGAUGCCCUCAUCUGGAAUACGAAUCUACAAUGGAAACUCGCAGAUUCUGCGUAUUCAGACAGAAAAAAAAUAUCUAAGCCGACCCUCUCGAAUUCCAUUCCAACAAUUUACGGAAUAAAUUGCAAUUUCGAUGAUAAACAGGAUCCGUGUUUUGAAAAAUGGUCUCAAGUCAACGGCAUAUGGGAAAUCGUUGGGUCCAUGGAGCACCCGAUGGGCCCAAUUUUCGACAGCAGAUGGGAUGAUUUUCAGGAACACACGACAUUCAAUACUGAGAGAGGCAGAUUAAAAUUAAUUUCAAAAUUAACGGAUACGAGUUCAAUAGUCGUUUCCAUAAGAGGCGAUGGUAAUGCCCAUUUUUUCGUCUGCACUUCAGAGGAUUAUUACCAUGAUUUCUGCUAUUGGAUUAUUCUCGGUGGAUGGCCAAAUCACCCUGCGAAACAAAGCAGUGGAGUACGAAAAUGUGCCAGUGGGAUUGGAGAUGGAAGUGCACCUAGUGCGAAUUCAACUUGUCAAGUCCUUCUGGCAGUGCGACCCAACCAUAAACCGUUGAGUAACGAGGAAUGGAAAACUUUCAUGCUCACCUGGGAAAAGAAGAAUAAAAUGAUAACGAUUCAUGAUCCCUACGAAUUAGUCCUCUCAUACACUGAUGAUGAACCUCCAGAGAUGAAUACUGAGUCAUCCCAAGAGUAUUAUUUAUUCUUCGAUAAUCCAAAAGAUACUGUUCCCAAGAUUUACCGCUUCCACAAUUAUUCCUACACUUUAACGCGAAUUCCAAACGCUGAAUUACGAUCACAAUUGGGUCCAAAUGAUUCCGAUGACAUCUGCAUUGACCUGUUGAUAGGACUCUGUGCUGAUUGUGACCUGCAAGUGAGUAUAAUGGAUGGAGACGAUAGAGCAGUGGUAUCGAAAAUAUUCAAUGGUAGUUCAAUCCCUCGGAGAAGUGAUCAUAAUCUUCCACUGUGGCAACAUGCAAAGAUAGAAGUGAAAAACAUCUCGAUUUAUUCAUCUCCAUUCACCGUGAGGAUCGUUACGAGAUCGGGAAACAAUCGCACAAGCGGUCACUGGGCAAUUGCGAAUGUCCGAGAAUGUCUACCGAAAGAUACUUCGAAACAAACAUCCAUGACUGCUAUUCAAGACAGCAAUCCCCGUUGGUACUGGCCAAAUGUCACCUGUCAAAAAUUGUCCUAUAAUGAGGAGAACCGGAUGAUCAUGGAUCCUGCAAGGAACAUGAAAGCCGUUCUUCAGUCCUCGAGAUUUGAAAAUGAUAGCCUACUCUGUGAACAAUCCUACAUCGGCCCUUAUUGCUCUACACGAUGUCAGGAUGACUUCGACUCGGAUUGUCGUAAUGUGAUAAUGUGUGAUAAACAGGAAUGCUAUUGUCCUACCGGUUUCGAAGGGAAUGGCUGCGCAGACAAUUGUAAUAAAUGGAACUACGGGUACAGCUGUUCGAAAACCUGUGGAAGCUGUGCCCUGCGGUACCAAAAUUUGGGUGUGUGCGAUAUUUACACCGGAAAAUGCAGAAAGUGUCAAUCGUUCCCCAAUAAAUAUCUCAUCCCGCCCUACUGUAAAAACGAUGAGGCUGUGCAUCCGCCAUCGGUUCCACUCGUCUCCAAUGUAACCUCCCACAGUGCGCACGUAUCAAAUAUUAUUCCCGGAUGUGAAAAUAUUGACGUUUCCUUCAAAUUCCACUUGAAUAAAAAUGGUAGCGCUGAUUACGAAUCUUGGAGCGCAGAAGAAACAUCCAAUUCCAAUUCUUCAACACCUGGGGCACGGGUUUUCAAUGCUCUGCUGAAAAAAUUGUCUGCUGGUACACAGUACAGAGUGAGAAUGAUAAUGUCCAUAGAAAACGGCAGAUUUAUUUUGGAGGGAACCUGGGAAACAUUCACAACCAAAUGUCAAAACGCCACGGAUUACAUCGUCACCCCAGACGAAAGAAGUUUGACAGUGACGAAAUUGCCGAAUAAGGUGUCUGGUGAUUCCUGUCCAGAUAAUUGGUACUACAUUACGAUUUUCUCAAUGUCUCCACGGAGAUCGGAGGAAAGCUCUAGUAAAUUUCCGGCCAACUUCACUAAUUUGAGGCCUUACGAGGAUUACGAAAUCGAGGUGAAGGGUCUAGAUGGUCAAGUGUACUUGAAGAGACAAGUGAAGACCCUAGAGGCCGCACCAACCGAAGUGAUCAGUUUGAAAGCUGAUAACAUAGGGAGCACAACAGCCACUAUCAGUUGGUCCCCACCUACAUGGCCCAAUGGAAUUAUAACCGGAUAUACAAUUAAGAUAAAACCGAGCUAUCACGUUGGUUGUGCAGUCCGGGAACAGGCUAAACUGAAUUUUGAAGAAAAAAUUAUUGAAGUCGAUAAUCUUACUCUUACUCAUGCGAUAAUCGAUCUAAUGCCUUUCGUCGGUUACGCAUUUACGGUAUCCGCUCACAAUUCGAGACGCGGAUUGGAAAGAACGAGAGGAUUUGAGACGGAUCCAUUGGAUAUACCGACGGAAAAAUGGAUUGAUCUCAAGUUUAACAGCAAAAAAUCGAAGUUGGAAUGGAGAGAUCCUGAUUGUAACAUGUGGACUGGACCGGUUAAUGGUUCCCAAUUAUUUUUCGCUGGAGUCAGUCCUGACGUUCGAGAUUUCACGGACUAUCACUUUACCACGUGGCAUUCAUUUACAUUGAAUGAUUCCAAACGACAGGAAAUACACGGACUUGAAACCUAUAAUGUUAAGGUGCACCUACUGCAUGCUUUCAUCGCCGAGAAAUACAAUCCGAAUGUUUUUGUUGAAUUGAACUUCACGACUCUUCCGAGUGCUCCUCCGAAGGUUCGGAAUUUUGAGAUUGUCGAGGUUGAUUCGGAGAAGAAACUCAUAACUCUGAGGUGGCAGAAGCCUCUUGCUCCAACCAAUGGUCGAAUCAUUGGAUAUGAUAUUAAUGUUCCUGAAUCACGUGUCGAAACGAAAAAGUUCACAGCCUUCCCGGAUGAAACUUGUUACUUGUGGGAUGAUUUCUUGUGCAAAACAGUUGAUCGAAUUUAUGAGUCCUCUGGAUACAUUCAAGUCAGGGCUCGCAAUGAAGGAGCGGAUGAGCCCGGAGAGUCGAGUGAAAAAAGCAAUAUUCUAAAAGAAAAAGAUUUAGUCCCAGAAAAACCGUUGGACGUAGUUCCAUCGCCUUUGACACAUGGAAUUGUAAAGCUCAGAUGGCGCCACCCGCGACGAACAGGGAUUCCCCUGAGAAUAUUUAAAAUCAAAGCUAGAGUUCUGAAGACCGACUUAGCGAGAGAUUUAAGCCGAGAAGAGAUUGCACCCUCCAAGGAGUUCUUAAUCAGCACUUACGAGAAGAUUUACGAGACCCAGAUGGAACUGCUGUCAUCAACAAUGUACGAAUUAACGAUUCAAGGUGUAGGUAACAGGUCAGAAGGGGAAACGGAUACGGUAACAGUGACCACAGAAUCGGCCUUCAAUUUCACUGAACCUCAGGAACCCGUCAUAAAUGAUCAGGGAUCGCAAAUCGACAUUGUUAUACCGGCAAUCGUUAACGAUACGACUGACAAUCUCAUUCAUAUAAUACUGAUCGGUCCCAAACCGUGCAGUUCGAGCUGGCCGAUUACCAAAAAUGCAAAAAAGGAUUUGCGCCUGGAAUCGAGUACAAGUGCAUGGCGCAUUGCUGCAUUUCCGACAAUAGAUGUUGCGAAUAAAUCAUUCACUAUCGGCAAUGAUAAAGUGCAUGGUAGUAUCGCUAAUUGUCCACUGCCUAAUGGAACUUACGUAGUGGCAUAUGUGGUACUUAAUAGUCGCCGAUCGGCUGGGGAUCAAUCGGCGAUGGUGCUGAGCUGGCAAUCGCAUAAAGUUCAGAUCGGCCCAGUCAAGAGAAUUCCUCAUGAGGCCUGGAUAGUGCCACUGGUGCUGGUGCUGACAGCAUCUGCAGGGAUUGCAUGGUUUUACUCCAGAAGGAAUCGAAAGGUCAGACCCAAACGCACAGAACACGACAUCUUUCCACCAAUCCUUACACCUCGGAAAAGCCCCUCGUACAGGGAAACGUCUCUUCUUGUUGCGAGUCGAGAAUCAUUGAUAGGAGCAUGCGAGGUACAUACUCCGGAUGUGGUUCCAACCGGUGACAGAAGCCAGGAGAACUGUUCUGAAACUGUUGUGAAACUCAAAGACUUUCAGGAUUAUGUCAAAGACGGGAUUGACUCUGGAAAACUCAAUGCGCAAUAUGAGUCACUCCCGAGGGGUCAGACUAAGUCUUGGGAAUACGGACUACUCCCUGAGAACAAAUCAAAAAAUAGAUACGCCAAUUUAAUUGCAUAUGAUGAGACACGAGUGAAGCUGGACAAACUACCCGACACUCCAUUCUCUGACUACAUAAAUGCGAACUACAUCAAGGGCUAUCAAAAAAAUAAAGCAUACAUCGCUACCCAGGGGCCGAGAGAAGGUACAGUCAAUGAUUUCUGGCGAAUGAUUUGGCAGGAGCGAGUCCAAGUUAUCUGCAUGUUGGCUAAUGUCAUGGAAAGUGGAAAGAAAAAAUGCGAGCAGUACUGGCCGGAAAUAGGAAAAGAGAUGACGUUUGGAGAUAUAAAUGUACACAAUCUGACUCACACCACUUUUGCAGACUACACAUUCCGAACUUUCUCAGUGACGUGCGACCAAGAAACCCGGAGGAUCGAACAUCUUCACUACACCGCAUGGCCAGACCACGGAGUGCCUCUGUACAUUCAAUCAGUCGUUGCAUACCUGAAGAAAUUACUGGCAACACCACAAGGUCAUGGCCCUAUAGUCGUCCACUGCUCUGCAGGAAUUGGAAGGACUGGAACGAUAAUAUUAUGUGAUAUUUGUCUGCGGAAAGCUGCAGGUCAAGGCAUUCUCGAUGUCUUCAUCGAGACCAGAGAGAUGCGAAGCCAACGGGCGAAUAUGGUGGACAACAAGCAACAGUAUCUGCUAGCUCAUUUGGCGCUGGUGGAGUGUCUUCUCUCGUUGCCCACAGCAAUACCCUGCAAUGAGACUCUCCCAAUGAGAAUUCAGGAAUACAAGAAGCAGCUUUCUAUCCAGCAGCAGAGACUGGACGAAAGCAUCUGGCAGGACAAAGCGCUGCAAUCGCCGAAUGUCAAACCGAUGGAAAUAUCCCAGAACAACAUCUCGAAAAAUCGUUAUCCGGAAUUGGCAGCGGUCGUCGGUGCUGCUCUACACAUUUCCAGGUAUCCAACAACAGAUAACGACAGUGAUUACAUAUUCGGUGUUUAUGUGGACAGCGCAAUGAGAAAGAAUAAUUACAUCGCGUCGCAAUUGCCUCUGCCAUCGACGGUCAAUGAUUUCUGGAGAAUGAUCGCAGAAUUCAAUGUCGAACUUGUCAUUGUUCUCCAGCCUCCCGACAAACAAGAUCCUACGUGCUGUGAAUUUAUACCAGAAUUGGAUGAGGAACUGCAUCCAACGCCCUUUCUCACUUUCAAAGGGAGAAAUUUCGUUGACGAAGACAUCUGCACGAAUCGAAAGAUAUUGUUAACCGAUUCGUCAACGAAACCAGCGAAAGAGCGGCUGAUUACAGUUCUUUCUUUGAAAGGCUGGGAAGAACGGAAUGAGCCGCCACCAAAACCGAUAACUCUCGUCAAUUUCUGGCAGUACGCUGAGAAAAUUCCUAGGGGAGAUGGACCCACUGUUGUUCUGUGCCACGAUGGAGUUACUAAUUGCGGUCUCUACUUGACACUGAGUUUUCUACUCGAGAGAAUGGGAUUGGAAAGAGAGUGCGAUGUUUGUCUGGCCAUCAGAGCGGUUCGAAGAUCGAGAUCAGAUUUCUGCAGAGCUCUUGAACAAUUCGAAUAUCUGUACGAUACUGCCCUGAUUUAUGCCGAUUAUUUUGAGACGUACGCUAAUUUCACGUAGCUAUCACUGAAAAUUUAAGCCAAAUAAUCUAUCUCUUCUUAAAUAUGUGAUUUUAAAAUAUUAGGGGAUGAUACGAAUACGCAAUAUCAAUUCUUGUCUUCAUAAUAUUAUGUAUUCAAUAAAAAUGCUGAAUGCGAUUUAAUAAAAGUGUUGUCCACUGAAAAA